AUGAUGUCUAGUUUUGUGCCAGUUCAGAAUAUAUCUCCAGUUUAUUUCAAUUAUUUUCCUGUUCCGUCGAUGAUGAAUAGUUUUUCGGACCAAACGGAGUUACCAUCCCAAAGUUAUGUAAGUAGUUGUAGCGAAGGCGCAGUGGCAACUCCUAACCAGGAUGGAAGCGUGUUCGACGUCUCUUUCCCAACUCUUCCUGUGGUAUUCCCAAACACAUUUUCUUCUCCUGUAGCGUUCGUACAGUCCCCACAGCUUCCAUUAAAUAUACCAAAACCCAAUGUUGCGGUAAUGGCUGAAGUUCCGCUAGAGACCGUUUUAGAUUCCGGAUAUUUGGAAAGGCUAGCAAACUUAAAAGGAACGGUCAACGCUCUUGCAAGUAUAUUCCCAUGUGAAAAUCCGUUCAUCCGCAAGAAACUGUACGAUCAUUUCAUAAAAUCUGGUACUUUCCCAAUUGUUUGCUGUAUGUGUUCAGGGUUCCACUUUGCUCAGGCGCUGAUAGCAGAAUCACGCGAAGCAGAAUUAAAAAUUGUUAUGUCAUUAUUACGUAGUCAUGUAACUAAGAUUGCUAUGGAUCGUUAUGGCUCUAUUUUUCUUCAGAAAACGUUUCAGUACAUGAACCCAAAGAAGGUUCAUGCUUUGAUUUGGGAAAUUCAAGACCUUGAGCUUACUUUAGCUGUACACUGUUACGCAAGUUAUUUUCUACAGGAGCUUUUUGCUUAUCUGAAACCAACUCAGUACCAAUUUAUCAUAGAUGCCUUCACGUCAAGUAAAGAGAACUUUUGUUCUGUUGCCGUUGGGAAGUUUGGUUGUCGCUCGGUGGAAAGUGCUUUCGAAAGUUUGCAUGUGCACAUCAAAAGGGGCUCUCGGAUGAGUCAUAUCUUACUCGUGAGGCUCGGGAAUGCGAUAGUUGAAGGUGCAGAUACGUUCAUUGUGGACGAAUAUGGAAAUUUUGUUUUGCAAUUGGUUUUUAAAAGCGAACAUCUUCGGGCUCAAGCAGAAGCUAUAGUUCGUCGUUCCGUGUUAAGGAAAAUUUUGGAAAUAUCCCAGGAUAAAUUUGGUUCCCGAAUUUUAGAAAUUGCUCUCAGAUAUGCCUCAAAUAGCUGUUUAAGAGAAAUGGUAGCUGAAAUCCUUGACGGCUAUGAACCAGAUCAAAAUGGUAGGGACGCUGUAGAAAUCUUGAUGUUUCAUCCCAUAGGUAAUUAUGUAAUGCAGGCGCUACUGGAAGUUGCUAUUGAUGUAGAGUUUGGACGACGUGAUGGAGAUAAGGGAUGGUUUUUCCGUUUAGCUACUAAAAUCAUUGCGCGGCAAGACCGACUUAGCCGUUUAAAUUCCGGCAAAAAACUUUUGGCGAAAGUAGAGCAGGUCUUCUCUGAAUGGAAGAAAAGUGAAGUGGUUAAGAAAUCUAGCGAAAAUCCGGCUGCGACGGAGUGUGGAGACAGUAGUGUGUCUUGUGUAGUUCCUGUAGCUGUAGCGCCUAAAAAGGAAGGAAGCACUAAUGCCGAAUUACCAAUAGCUUUUAUUGAUGGAACUCAUAAACUUGACCUGAAUGCUUCUAUAUCACCGCUCGUCAAAUACACUUAA